AUUUAUGUAAACCAUUAGCUAACAGACCGUUUCUGUACUGUGGUUCCCUUGGUGCUGCUGACAACGAGUAUAAGGUCAGAGAAAAGGUGGAGGCAGAGCCAUGCAGCGCGGCAACGAUGAGUGACAGGAGAAACGAUCCAAUCAGAGGAGAGAUAAACGCUUUUAAGUCCGGCAGAGGCUGCGAUACUCAAUGUAAACCACCUGUAGCAGGCAGCAGUGAGGAGAGGGUUCAGCACGCUCCGUUACACCGCUGAGACACGUACAGGGCAUCAGGACAGGCCGGUCCUACACAGAAGAACCGUGGCACAAAGUUCAAUCAUGUCUCUCAACUACUUGCCCGUCGUGUUUCUCCUAGCAGCUCUCCACAACGGAAUAACUACCACAGAUGUCACCACCACUGGAGAAUCCACCACUUCUCCAACCUCUGACAUGACUGCAAAUUCAGUCACCAGCACCGACACAUCUACGAGCACACCAACCAGCACCAACACAUCUGCGAGCGCACCAACCAGCACCAACACAUCUGCGAGCGCACCAACCAGCACCAACACAUCUGCGAGCGCACCAACCAGCACCAACACAUCUACGAGCGCACCAACCAGCACCAACACAUCUGCGAGCGCACCAACCAGCACCCACACAUCUACGAACGCACCAACCAGCACCAACACAUCUGCGAGCGCACCAACCACCACCAACACAUCUGCGAGCCCACCAACCAGCACCAACACAUCUACGAGCGCACCAACCAGCACCAACACAUCUACGAGCACACACAGCACACCAACCAGCACCAACGCAUCUGCGAGCGCACCAACCAGCACCAACACAUCUACGAGCACACACACACCAACCAGCACCAACACAUCUACGAGCACACACAGCACACCAACCAGCACCAACACAUCUACGAGCACACCAACCAGCACCAACGCAUCUACGAGCACACCAACCAGCACCAACACAUCUGCGAGCGCACCAACCAGCACCAACACAUCUGCGAGCACACCAACCAGCACCAACACAUCUACGAGCGCACCAACCAGCACCAACACAUCUGCGAGCACACCAACCAGCACCAAUACAUCUACGAGUACACACAGCACACCAACCAGCACCAACACAUCUACGAGUACACACAGCACACCAACCAGCACCAACACAUCUACGAGCGCACCAACCAGCACCAACACAUCUACGAGCGCACCAACCAGCACCAACACAUCUACGAGUACACACAGCACACCAACCAGCACCAACACAUCUACGAGCACACAAACCAGCACCAACACAUCUACGAAUACACACAGCACACCAACCAGCACCAACACAUCUACGAGCACACACAGCACACAAACCAGCUCCGACACAUCUAUGAGUACACAUACCAGCACCACCACAUCUGCGAGCAAGGGCACAACAAGUGGUCCAGUACAGCCCACUGGAAAUACCACCACCUCUAGGCCCUCAACACCCACCUCCGGAGGUACUGUGACUGGCAAACCUACUGAACCACACGGUGGCAACACAACAGCCUCAUCCACCAUCACCACCAUCCAGCAACCAACAGAGAUCACCACCAACAUGUCCACCACAGCCAUCCCCACCCCAGGCCCACUCAUUGUGUGUCCUCUCCGCCCAUGCCCACUUCUAAGCAUCUGUUUCAAUGGUGCUUGCCAGUGUCUCACUGGUACCUUCCUGGUCAAUGACAUCUGCGUACCUGCCCAAGUGUUCCCAGGCCAACUUCAUUUUGGAUCAAUGAACUUUGAACCUGAAAUGCGUGACAGGUCCUCGACAACAUUCCAGAAAAAAGCGGCUUUGAUCUCAGCAGGGCUCAGAGAUGCCCUCAAAGAUCUGCAAGGGUAUAUACGGUCUGAUGUUGUGGAACUUCAACCAGGAAGUGUGCGAGCAUCUGUGAACAACUACUUUAAAAACACCAAUGUCACCCAAGAGACUGUUGAUCGGACUAUUGUUGAGGCUAUAGCCAACUCGAAAAACGGCACCUUUGCUAAUACUACAUUUGUAGGUACAAAGCUGUGUGAUCAGCCUCCAUUAGCUUGUGAUGCCUCCACUACGUUGUGCACAACCACGAAAGGCAGCGCUACUUGUUCCUGUAAGGAGGGCUACAUCUCCAAUAUGUACUCAAACACCACCUGCAGAGCCUGUCCAAGUGGCCAGAGGGCAGUAGGAGACACGUGUCAAACAUGUGCUUUUGGAUAUUCUGGGUUCAACUGUAAUGACUCGGCUCUGCUGGCAGUGGUGGUCAUCUCCUGCGUACUAGGGGGAAUUCUUCUCAUCAUCAUCUUGGUGUUGCUCAUAUGCUGCUGCAGGAGAGGCUGUUCAAAGACAAAAGAUGACUACAGCACCGGUCUAUACGCGUCAGGUGACUCCAACCAGCCCUGGCCCACUGGCAUCACCCCCAUCCCUCGUGCUACCACUAACUGGCAUGCUGGUUCUUCCAUAGAGAUGACAGAAGGGAGUGGCAAUCAAGGUGCUGGAACCAAUGGAUUGGGAUUUCACCUGAAGGAUAUAAGAUGGAAAAAGACGGGAUCAUAUGAUCUUAACCCAGAAGCAAUGAAGACCUUCAAAGGUAAAAAUCCAUCCCGUUACUCCUAUCUGGUUCAAGGCCAUGAGAACCCCUACUUCUUACCAGGAGAUGAGAAGCAAAACUGAAAAACAUCUGGACAAGUGGAGAUAUAAAACAUGUGGAAGUGAGUAACAUGGCAUCAAAAGGAAGUCACUGAUUUGCAAGUCUGGGACUAUGGACACAAUUUAUAUAAAACAUUUUUUUAAAUUUUUGAAUGAAUGUCAAAUCACUAAGGACAUUUUGUAUCUGGGACGCAGCCACCAAAGAGAGUAAUUCAUACGAGCAACUCAACAGUUUUUUAAAAGGGAGAUUGUGUGCAUCAUAUCUAUCCUAGCUGAUUAUAGCCAGUAGAUGCCACUGUUGCUCAACAUAUCUUUUUUUCUUUAAAGGUGCAUUUGAUUAUUUUUAUACUUUAAAACAACUUUUAAAGGCGCAUUUGAUGAUUUUUGUGCUUUAAAAAAACUCAUUCUGUAGUCUUUUAAAAUGAAGCUGUUAUGAUGCUGCUAAUUGCACUAAAGCAUGUGUUUACCACCAUUUUUUCUCUGCAAUCAACUAUAAAUUGAAUGUGGGCUGUCUUUGGCUACUACUUUUUCUUAAGGGCAUGAUUGUUUUUUUAGAAGAAUGAAUCUUGAAUGACUAAAGGGGCUGGAUCCCUGGUUUGUGGUAUUUUUAAAGGGAUUUCCGUUUUAGCUGUCUGAGUACACUGUGUAUUUGUUGAAGUUGAACCUCAAAAUACGCGCAUUUUAAUAUGCUGGUUGACAAAUAGAAAAUAUUAUGCAAAGCUGGUGAUAAAGACAGUUUCCUGGUUGUGCCAGUUAUCACUUGUAUACAGAAUUCUUAUUGUUGUGUGUUUGAGACAGUGCACGGUUCUACAAGUGUGUAAAUUAUUGAGAAUCUGUUGGCACAGAAUGUGUGUGUGUAUGU